GGUCAAGGAUGGUGUAAAGAAGAAGAUUUCUGUAAGUCGAUAUACUGAGUUUUAUUGAGCUCAGGCUGAGAUCGUACACAAGCGCUCGAACCUGAAUAAUUCCGUGACACAAGGUGCCAAUCCUCAAUCGGUGGACACCGCACUUCAGCAUGCCCGUGAUGGUGCACAUAAGAUGAAUCCACUUUUUGGACCCGCGAGAUCAGUAGCGUCCGCAGGCAAAAAUGCACCAGCAGCUCUCGAUGAUGCGGCCAAUGUGGAGGCUACAUAUCUUCAACCCCUCAGGAUAUUCGACACUGUGAUCGGGAAACUCACAGAAGUACAUCCGUAUGCAAAGAUGGCAUUGGGUGUGUUGUCUUGUGCAUCUACAAUAAUUCUCGCUCAAGCGGAUCGCGACGACGCGAUACUCGGCCUUCUCAAGAAGCUGGGUGAAGUGUACGACUUCAUGAUGCAAGACGACACACUUCACAAGAUUUCGUCGAUGAGCACUAUUUGGGACAGAUCUCUCAGCAGCCCUUGAAUGCGCCCAUUUCAUCAGGGAUUAUUCGGAGAAGAAAAACUUUUGUCAGUCUCCAACCAGUUGUUACAUUUAGCGGUUUUUCAA